AUGGUUGGAGAUACCAAAGAAUUGCAUGACACUGGCCAGUUAAUUCUUCCUCAGAUCUCCACGAUCUUCACCACAAACAACAACAUUGUAGCCAUGAAGUACUACUGCUUGGUGUUGGUUGCACUCGCCUCGGCGCCGUUGGCCGCCGUGGCGGGCGACCCAGACAUCCUCACCGACUUCGUCAUCCCAAACAUGUACGGGAUAUCGCCGAUGAACAUCACCGGCGACUUCUUCACCUACACCGGCUUUCGCGUCACGGACGAGAUCAUGCCGUGGCCUCCGCGGUACUUCAUUGCGAUGAAGGCCGGCAUGGAAGCGUUUCCAGCGCUCAACGGGCAGAGCGUGUCCUAUGCCAAGCUCGUGUUUCCCCCUGAAUAUGUCAACCCGCCGCACACCCACCCGCGCGCCGCCGAGCUGCUAUUUGUCCUCAACGGUGCGCUAUCCGUCGGGUUUGUUGAUACCGCCGGCAAGCUCUACACACAGGACCUCUCGGCCGGCGACAUGUUCGUGUUCCCCAAGGGCCUAGUGCACUACCAGUACAACCAGGGGCAAAGUCCCGCCAUCGCGCUCUCGGCCUUUGGCAGCGCCUCCCCGGGCACCGUGAAUGUGCCUGCUUCCGUGUUCGGCGCCGGCAUUGGCAAUGUUGUGCUCGCCAAGUCGUUCAAGACCGACUUUUGGACGGUGCACAAGCUCAAGGCAGCGCUCACUCCCCCACCCAACAAGUGA